AUGAGAAUAUUUCGAAGACUUAAAAAAUUCAUUUGUCUUCAAACACCAACAAGUAAUCAUGCAUCACCUUUAUCAAAUCAUAGACAUCAAAUGAGAGAUGAAGCUGUAUCAACGAGAUUUGAUUAUGGUCAAUUACCACAAAGUUUUUUUAAUGCAGCUGAUGCAGCUAGGCAAGAAUCUGGUUACGAUCCUGUUCCAAUUUGUCUUCGUAGACGAGUAGUAAGAAGUGAAGAAAAUCUGAGAAAUCAAAAUUUCCAUGAUGAUUUUUCUUCAUUUAAUCGAAGUCGAUCGAAUUCUCGUGAACGAUUAUUCAAUCGUUCGAGACGUGAUGGUUCACCUCAACAUUUUCAUCAUCAUUCACCUGGUAUUCAAGUUAAAUAUCGUCGACAACCCGUAUCACAUGAAGUAUUACGACCAUCUAAUUCAGCACCAUUUCUUUCUCGUCAAUUUUCUACACCUACUGAUAUGUUUCAUCGAUUUCAACGGGCACGACAAUUUCAACAGGUACAACCAUUUCAACAGGCACAACCAUUUCAACAGGCACAACCAUUUCAACAGGCACAACCAUUUCAACAAGCACAACCAUUUCAACAAGCACAACCAUUUCAACAGGCACAACAAUUUCAACCUAUGGCAGGAUAUCCACAACAAAACAUGAUGAUGCCUAAUCAUGCUCAAUUUGUUCCUCAAGCUCAACAACCAUUUUUUCCAACGAUGUAUCCUAAUGCAAAUAUGCAAGCUGGGUUUAUGAUGCCACAACAACAACAACAAAUGUAUCCAUUCUAUUAA